ACUUCCACAAUAUCUUUGACAACUUCACACCCCCAAAAUCGUGUCAACCACAAUGUCCUCCCCCCAGUCAGCACGUCGAACUCGCCGCGUCAAGGCCUCGUCUACCCUCGCUGAUAUGAUCGUGCCGGAUGCUGGAACGUCACCGGAUACCACCAGCUCCACGACUGAUACGAACGAACUUUCGCAACAAGAGGAUUCGCAGCAGCUCAAGUCGCUGGCACGCAAGCUCCAGCAAACCAAGCGACAGCUAUUGCUUAAGUCUGUCGAGCAACCACACGACUCUAUUGGCCAACUGCGCAAGCUCAUGCUGGAUUUGACGAUGGAUUCCAUGGACUUCGACCAUGUGGACAGAUCCCCCUUCGGUUCCCUUGCUGGAUCUAUUCGACGGAACAGGUCCGUCAGUGAUUCGUCCUCCGAAUAAAUUCUCAAGGUUUUGCUUUCCCUUGCACUCCCUUUCGACAGUGAUUUCAGGAAUCGAUAUCAGACCCUAUCUUGAUUUCUUGAUGUGUAUCCCCGUGUUUGAUUUUACCUACGGACGUCAGAGUCUACUGUAAUUUCUACGAGCUGAGAGAGUGCUCUCUGCCUCUGUUGGUAAGCACACUUACAAUCAUCAGAGAGGCAGGAGCCUUAGACAUAGAGUAGUGCUGUUUGUAUUUUAUAAAUAUAUUUUUUGCAAGAUUGUCU